ACUUUGCAAUUGAGUAAGCGCGUAUGUGAAUUGAUACAAGCCUAGCUUUAAUUAUACUGUAUCAUCCACUGAAGUCCGGGUUCCGUGAUGUCAGUUCAGCGAGAUUCGUUGUAAAAGAUGCGAGCAGCGUUGCGGCUGGCAAUAGUGGCGAUCCCGAUGGGGGUGCUGCUGUCCCGUACCAUGGCGUGGAUGUCCAGUGGCAAAACACACCAGGAGCUCAUAACCAGGCUCAGGGAGCAUGGCGUCAUCCACAGCGACAGAGUGUUCAGUGCCAUGCUGGCCACAGACAGAGCGAUCUACUCCAGGGAUUAUCCAUAUGCAGACUCUCCUCAGUCCAUAGGCUUCAGAGCCACCAUCAGUGCACCACACAUGCACGCCCACGCUCUGGAGCUAUUGAGUGACAAACUCACAGAAGGGGCAUCGGCCCUGGACGUGGGCUCAGGAAGUGGCUAUCUCACCGCCUGCUUUGCAAGAAUGACAGGAAGCUAUGGGAGAGUAGUGGGAGUUGACCACAUCGACGAACUGGUUCAAAGUUCAAUCAGAAACAUCCAAGCUGACGACCCGGAACUUAUUGCCUCAGGACGCAUCAAACUUGUGGUGGGAGAUGGAAGGCUCGGGUACCCAGAGGGAGCCCCUUAUGAUGCCAUUCAUGUUGGUGCAGCUGCGGCUACUGUUCCUAAGGCCCUCCUGGAGCAGCUGAAGCCAGGUGGGCGCUUGGUGCUGCCAGUCGGCCCCAGUGGUGGCAGUCAGGUGCUGGAACAGUACGACCGUCAGAGUAACGGCACCUUCCUCAAAAGAGCUUUAAUGGGAGUGGUUUACGUCCCCCUGACAGACAAGAGACGACAGUGGCCGGGAAGCGAGCUCUGACUGCAGUGUGGUUGCCCCACCCCUGCAGUAGGUGGAAUUGGUGCUGCAUGUCUUCAGUUCUUUGCUGGCUUCCCCAGAAACUUAUGUUCACUUUUUCUUGCAGAACUGUCACCUAACUCGACAUGCACAAGGAGCAUCUUGUAUUGUUUUCCUCACCUCAUUGUCUUUCGAGAGCAUAAUACCAAAUUGAAACAGUGAUCAUUUGGCUUGAAAAGGGUGUGAAAGUAGAAUUCAUUGGAAAAUUAAUUUGUUCUAACCAGUGUGAAUUUUCAACUUUGCACUUCAAAGUGUGUUUUGUAUGAAUGCUAGUGGGAAAGCCAAAGUUUUGGUCUGAAUCGUGUAAGCUUGUUUGCAUUUUUUAUCCAGUCAAAGUUAAGGGAAAACACACCAAAGCCGUGUGUGUGUGUGUGUGUGUGUGUGUGUGUGUGUGUGUGUGUGUGUGUGUGUGUGUGUGUGUGUGUGUGUGUGUACAUUUCUGUUCUAUCAUGCUACAAUACUUUGAAGAACAUGAUGUAUUGUGCCAAAACAUGCAUCGGUAUGAAUUUUCACAAGCAUAUCAAAAUACUCAUUAUAUUGUCACUGAACCUUAGUUUUAUAGGUUACAUAAGCUAUGAAUAGAUAAUAAAUUAUAUUAGAGAAAACCUUUUUCUUAUGGGGUUUUUUCCCAACCUUUGGUGUGACUGAGUACAGUACUUUAGUUCCACAAGUUGAAAUGAAAGUUUGAUAAUUAAAUAUUACUACA